AUGUUCCGCACCGCUCUCCUCAGUGCCGCGCGUAUGGCCGCCCGUCCCUCGACCCUCGCCGUCGCCGCCCGCCCCGUUCGCGUCAACGUUGUCCGCGCAGUCCCCUUCCAGGCCGUGAGGAUGUACAGCGCAGGCGGCGCUCUCGAGAAGGAGGCUGUUGAGGGGCGCAUCAUGUCUCUUCUCCAGGGUUUUGACAAGGUGAACGACACAAAGAACAUCACCCCGGCCGCGCACUUUGCCAACGAUCUCGGCCUCGACUCUUUGGACACUGUGGAGGUUGUCAUGGCUAUCGAGGAGGAGUUCAGCAUUGAGAUCCCCGACAAAGAUGCUGACGGCAUUCACUCGAUCGAGGGCGCCGUCAACUACAUUCUCAACCAGCCCGAUGCCUCUUAA